CAGUAAAAGAGUUCUGUAGCGGAAGUGUAUGUGGUGCGGGACUAUAGUGGCGGUCUCAUCAAGACGACCUCGCUAAACUAUCUUCUUCGAUCACAACACCAACCCAAGGUUACAUAGCCAUGUUCUGCCGAACCGUACAGAUUUUCACGCCACAAUGUGCGCAGACUCGGGGCAUGGCCACCUUGAAGGACAUUCGUCUUCGUCUAAAGUCUGUGAGCAACAUUCAAAAGAUCACAAAAUCCAUGAAGAUGGUGUCAGCUGCCAAAUUUGCUCGGGCUGAGAAGGAUUUGAAACCUGCCCGCCCCUAUGGCCAUGGAUCACUAGAGUUUUUUGAAAAAGCUGAAAUCAGCCAAGAUGACUCGAAACCUCAGCACCUGAUCAUCGCUGUGUCGUCUGACCGUGGUCUGUGUGGAGCCAUCCACACAGGUGUAGCUAAAGCUAUUAAACAUACCAUUGCCAGCAAGAAGGAAGGAGUAGACACAAAACUGGUCCUUAUUGGGGAAAAAUCUCGAGGAAUCCUUGCCAGGGUGAUGAGUGAUAAGAUCAUGUUGGUCUUCAGUAACGUUGGUAAGAAACCACCAACCUUUGCCGAUGCUUCGCUGGUAGCCUCUGCCAUUUUAGACUCCGGUUACAAGUUUGAUCAUGGAACUUUGUUCUAUAAUUAUUUCAGGAGUGUCGUUUCAUACAAGACUUCUCAGAUACCUAUCUUCUCCCUUGACGCUGUUAACCAGUCAGAGAAAUUACCUGUCUACGACAGUAUAGAUGAAGAGGUGUUAGUCUCCUAUAACGAAUAUGCUCUGGUCAGUAAGCUGUUCUACAGUAUGAAGGAAUCUGCUUGCAGUGAACAGAGUUCAAGAAUGACUGCCAUGGAUGGAGCCACCAAGAAUGCCGGUGAAAUGAUUGACAAACUGACAUUGACCUACAACCGAACCAGGCAGGCCGUCAUCACAAGAGAGUUGAUAGAAAUUAUUUCUGGUGCGGCAGCUUUGUAAGAAUCUUCCCAUCUAUUAACAGACGAAAGCUCUCUUCUCUUUCUCACCUGGUCGUGUUCAUUUUUACCUGAAGAAGCUGCAUCGUUGUAGAUGACUUAUCAAAAAGAAAAGAAAAGACCAUUUUUUUUUUUUAGCAUUAAAAAUAAAUUUACAGUAGGGGAG